GUCGCUUGUCGUUUUCUUUGCGCAUUCUGGAAAAAGAAAAACGGAGUGUCGCCUCUACACUCCAGCCUAGUCAUCAGGUUCUCGCUACGUUAUCAAAAUGAUACGGAUCCUGAUUCUAGCGUCUUUAGGGGCCGUUAUAAACGCGUCUGUGUUAUCGUCCCAUGCGUUGGAAUACCCUCAUGGAUUGGACAAACUAUUCGGCGAGAAACGAGAAGCUGAGAAAGAAAAAAAGGAACGUUUGGUAUGCGAGAACGAAGAAUGCAAGAAAAUUGGGAAAAUGAUUUUGGAGAGUAUGGAUGAAUCUGUAGAUCCAUGCGAUGAUUUUUACGAGUACGCAUGCGGAAAGUGGGCGGAAAAGAAUCCUGCUCCUCCAAAAGAGGACUCGUGGAGUUUAUGGCAAAUACUGAUGAGACGAAUUUAUAAACAACUUCAAGAAAUCAUCGAGACCGAGCAAAAGCCUGACGAUCUGUUUGCCGUGAAACUCGCCAAAAUGUGGUACAAAAGCUGCAUGAACGAAGAGGCAGAAGAAAGGAGAGGUCUCGAACCGAUGCUGUCCACCCUAUGGAGACACGGAGGAUGGCCAUUGAUAAUGGAAGAUGGCGAGUGGGACGAUCUCGCGUACACCUGGCAAAAAGUUGACGACUCGUAUGCUCGUUUGACGGGAAACAAUGCGCUUCACGACUUACUAUAUAAUCAAGUUACGUUCGGAGGAAACGCCACCAUAAUGAUAACUGCUCCUCAUUUACCACCCAAUUUGUACACGAUUCUGUCAUCUGGUAGCGAUUAUCCUGUCUCGGACGUCAGCGACGAAAACAACGAAAGCGGAGAAGGCAGUCUGGAACGUGGAAGCAAAGAGAAAGGCUACGAGAAGGAUGAAAAUAACGAGGACGAUGAAGAUACAGAAGAGGACGAAGACAAGGAGGAACUGCGUAAGAGAAAAGUGGCUGAAAGGAAGACUCACAAGAGAUUAGGUCAUGGCAGAAGAAGGAACAAGGGCGAAGAUGUUGGUGGCAGACAAACGAGGAGAAGAACGCAUAGAAGUAUCGCGCAGAUUCAAGAACGUCACGAUAACCACAUGCAGAAGAGACAUGCCGAGCAUAACGUUCAUCACAACGCGAAGAAAACAAAAGGUUCAUCGAAGCACGGACACCUGGCUAGACAUAACAAGAGAAACAAGCCGAUGGAAAAGCAUGAUCACGAAAGGAAAAAUAAAUCGAAGACUACCGUAAUGAAAACGGAAGUUCAUGAUAGUAAACAUCAUGGAGAGAACAGGAUUAAUAAGCACAGACAUCACGUUGCCCAAAGACGUCUAGAUAAAGAAGAGAACGAUGACAACGAGACUGACAAUGAAAAUAAUGACGAAGACACCGAGGAAGGAGAGAAUCCAGGUGAAGAUGAGGCCGUUGAAGAAGGUGAUGAUAACGAAGAAGACGAGAAACAGAAGCUGGAAGAGAUGAGAGAGAAAUAUAGAGAUUAUAUAUUUAAUGUCUCGUUGUUACUUUCCAAAGCCAGGGGAAUAGAGAUUCCUCGAGAAAAGUUGAUGAAAGGUGUCGCAGACCUGGUCGAGUUCGCAAUUAAAUUGGGAGAAAUUGUCGUUAGACCCGCCUACAACACAAUGACGAUGGAUGAACUCCAAGAAAUUUACGAUUCCUUCAAAUCCACCACAGAUAGCAGCAAGGUAAACUGGAAAAAGAAGGCGCUGAAAUUGUUUACCGAGGCGGGAGCCGAAGUCGAUGACAUCGCAGAAAUUGUAACAACGCCUAAAUACUUCAAGAAACUUCCCGCGUUACUCGACGAAACCCCAACCGAAACAAUUGUUAACUAUGUGCAUUGGGACUUCAUCAGUAAAAUGGCAAAAUACUCGACGAAAGAAAUGAAACAACUGGCUCAAAAUUGGAAAGGUGGACCGGAACAGCCCAGAGAGAAAGUAUGCAUGGAGCAAGCUGAGCUAGGCGAAAUAGUGGGAUACGAAUACGCUAGAUUGCAUUUCUCGGAAAAAGUAGCGAAAACGGCUCGAGAUAUGAUCGACGACAUACAAAAGGAAGUCGAGUAUCAGAUCAAGAGUGCUACGUGGAUGGACGAGGACACGGAACAUUUUAUCUUGGAUAAAUUAGUGAACAUGAAAAAUCUAAUUGGUUAUCCUGAGUGGUACAAAAACACAACGCUUGUAAAACGCCGCUUCCAAGGGCUCGUGAUUGGUUCAUCGUACUACGAGAACACAUUGAACAACAUGCGAUUCAAGAAGUGGAAGAGUUUGCGAACUGUACCGGAUGAAGACUCCAUAAUGACGUUCGAUCCUGCCAUGUUGAAUGCUUUCUUCGUGCCAGAAAGAAAUUUCAUAGCGGUCACCGCGGCAGACUUCCAAAGUCCUUUCUUCGCUCUCAACAGGCCAUGGAAUGUUAAUUACGCUAUCAUUGGACUUAUCAUGGCUCACGAAGUAAAUCAUGGAUUCGAUAAAGACGGUCACCUGUACGACAUGAAAGGUUCUCCAAUGGAAUGGUUAUCCGCAAUGGCUGAAGCUUACAACAAGAGAGCUUUGUGUUUCAUUGAUCAAUUCAACGGAUACAGUCUCGUCCAAGGGGAAAAUGUUACUAUUGAGGGUUACGGUAACCGAUCGGCGGGUGAAAACAUUGCCGAUACAAUGGGCUUGCAAACUGUAUUUAGGGCUUAUCAGCGAAGAGAACGAGAGUGUGACAGACCAGAACCAGCGUUGCCAGGAUUAGAGAAAUUCAGCAACGAGCAAACUUUCUUCUUGUCGUUUGCCAAUGUAUGGUGCGAAAGUAUGAAUAGAGAAUCUGCCGUAAUGCAAGCCAAGUAUGACGUGCAUAGCCCAGGACGGUUGAGAGUGAUUGGAUCGGUGUCAAAUUCGGACGAAUUCGCCAAAGCUUUCAAUUGUCCAGCGGGUAGUCCGAUGAACCCAGAGACGAAAUGCAAUAUAUGGAUAUAAUUUAAACAUUUCUAUACUAUCAAUAUGUAUCUUUAAAAAAUAAAUAUACAAAAUAAAU